AUCCGGAUCUGAUAGCACGUUCGUAUCUGCAAAAGAAACCUUCCCUAGGAUGCCUGCAUUUCGUAUUUACACCUCGCCUACCGAAAGAGAAUUGCCGGCGUUGUACGCGCCAGCGUCUCACAAUGAUGCUUCGGGGUCUCGUCACCAUGUCCAUGGACUUGGUCUGUCGGCACCAAUUGUCUAUAUAAGACGGCUUCUACCCCCAUACCCUUCCUUCUUUUCUUCAUCAGCAGCCCUGAAACCACUCAAACAAUCACAAUCAACCCUUUCUACUUACAUCAUGAAGCUCUUCGCUCCCGCUAUCGCCACGCUUGCUGGUGUUGCCCUCGGCGACUUGUCCGCUCCCUUCCGCAUCGUCGUUGAUGCUGGUUCCUCUUCAUGGGAUAAGGCCGAAGUUGGUGCCUGCCACUAUGGCGCUGGCUUUAACGCUAUGUGUGUGUACCAGGAUGAGAAGGGUGGCAAGGGAAGCGUCUUCACUUUCAACUACACGACCAACGGGCAAGCUCCUAGUGGCUGGACUCCUGAGGGCGUUGUUACCUAUGAGACGAGCAUUUCUACUCCCCACGGUCCUCUGAACCAGACCCUUGUAUUGGAGGGUACUUUGCUUACCAACAUGGCUGCUGGUGUACUUUCUCCUGCUGAGAACGAAUUCACCAGGGUCGGCUUCAGCGACAGCACCCAAGAGAUUGCUCUCUACGACCGCAGCGUUGAUGGUCAGACUUUGACUCCUAUUAAGAGAUGGUACAUUUGCAACUUCCGCAGUGGUUGGUACCAGUACAACUACCUUACCUGGAUCGUCGGUGCUGGUCAGCCUGAUGAGCACAACUGCGUUCCUGCUCAGCCCAAGCGUGUUUUUGUUUAGAUGGACGUCCUAUAAACAUUACACGAGUAUCCAUGAAUAUAACAAGAGCUCUAUACUUUCUAAAUAGUAUAUAUUAGAC